UGCAGGCGGCAGCAGCAGCAGGGGGUCAGGCCAGGCUCAGGGCAGCGCAGCACAGGAAUGCAGAGCAGGAAGGCGCCUCUCCAAUCAGGCGCCUACCUGCUUUGCGUCCCUUUGCUGAGCGGGUAGCGCCGGGCCUGAGUGUGAGUGCUGCCCAAUGUGUGUGUGUGGGGAGGGGGAGAGAGAGACUCCCCUUCUUCCACAAGAAGGGGAUAGGAUAGGAUAAGUAGCCAGUCCACGGACGGCGCUCUGGACCUGGUCAGCUUUGCAAAGGAUAUUUCAAACGGGAGCCAACUCCAUAAUUUGUCAACGAGGAAUAAAUUGAAUUAAAGAGUUCUGAAAAGUUGAAACGUUGACAAACUGUGGAGUUGUUUCCCGUUUGUAGUGCGGGAGAAAAUCUGCAUACCAACGUUGCCUUAUCUUUAAAUUGAGCUGAAAGGAACGCUGCCUGUACCAAUAUGGCUUUAUAUUCAUGUCGAGCUGAAAAGAAUGCUGCCUGUACUAACAUGGCGUUAUCUUGAAGCCAGCCGAUCCGACCUAAAUUGAAAUCUUCCUGUACCAACAUGGCGUUAUCUUGAAUUCGAGGCGCUGAACGGAAAUACAUAAGAGGUUUGGUUUCCGGAAAUAUAUUGUGGCUGCUUGUAGACCAGGAUGUCAUGGUGGAGGCUUUUAGCGUGGGUAUGGUAAAAGAUUAUGAGUGGAGAGAAAAUGGAGGGCUGUUAUAUUAAUCCAACUGAUUUAUCUGAUGAGAUCCUGCUUCAAAUUCUGAGUUACGUCCCAAGUACAGAUCUAAUUCUAAGUGUCAAAAAGACUUGUCGCAAACUUGCAAAUCUGUGCCUUGACAAAACCCUCACCCACAGGGUAUUUCUUCAUAAAGAAUACAAGAUCCCACCACUGCCACCAGUUUUUUACGAUCCUGGCGCAGUGAUUAUCCAAUCUGAGAAUGCUGCCCGUGACCUCUUAAUGAUUACCUCAGCGUGUGCGGCCAGUGACGAACAAGUUAAGCAGAUGCUGAAAGUAAUAUUUCAAGAGAUUUGUGAGCUGGAUAUAAGUGAUUGCUACUGGUUGUCCUCAUCUACCGUGGACAUGGUAUCAAGAUGUAAGAACCUUAUUAGAUUGGAUAUGGCUGGCUGCUCUAUAAGUUCCCUGCGACUUUCAAGGAUUCUUUCAGGUCUUCAAUAUCUGCGCUCAUUAUCUGUUGAUAUCAAUGAAGGCUUUGAUGCAGGACAGUUGAGUAGUGAGUGCAGAGCAACAUUAGGUAAUUUACGAGAAUUAAAACAGACACUGUUUGUUCCAUCCUAUGGGUUGGUGCCUUGUUGCACUAGUCUAGAAAAACUGCUGCUUUACUUUGAAGCCUUGGACAGAACACGUGAAGGGACCGUCAUGUCUGGUCAGCUGAUGGUGGGAGAAAGCAAUGUGCCCCAUUAUCAGAAUUUGAAGCUCUUUUAUGCUCGCCUUGCUCCUGGCUACAUAAACGAGGAGGUGGUCAGAUUGUACUUGGCUGUUCUUAGUGACCGGACCCCAGAAAAUCUUAGGGCUUUUCUUAUAUCUGUUCCAGGAACUUUAGCAGAAAGCAGAGCUACCAAAAAUCUUCUUGACUCAAUGGCAAAGAAUGUAUCACUGGAGGCAUUCCAGUUGCCCAAAUCCUGGCUCAAUGGAUCCUCCUUACUUCAGCACAUGAAGUUUAGUUGCCCCUCCUAUUUUAGUUUUAGUCGCUGCGUGAUUUCAGGUGAUCAACUUACUCGGAACAUUUUAAAUGGUGGAAGAGACUGUAAAAGCCUGGUCAGUUUGAACUUGAGAGGCUGUGCGUUAUGCUUUAUGACUAACUUGCCUUAUAAAAAGCAAGAAGAUGAUAUAGACUUUUCUGUUUUAGACACAUUAAUAUCUGCCUGUCCAUGCCUUGCACAUUUGAAUAUUUCAUCCGCACAUCACCACAGUUCAUUGAACACUGGAAGACAUCUCUGUGAGAGUCUUGCACAACUUAAGCACUUACGUUCGCUAUCUUUGCCAGUAUGCGCUAUAGCAGAUACUAGUAGAACUGUAGAAAAAAAUGCUAAUCAGUGCCCAGGACCUUCUACGUCUAGCUCUGCCCAUCUUACGUUUACUAAAAAAAUACGGGUUGGCGUUCAGACUUAUUCAAUGGUUUCAGAUGAGCAGGAUAUAGUUAAACAACGCUCUGUUUUCUGGAAACUACUAAAAGGUACCCCAGCUCUGGAAUACUUGGAACUGAUUGGUUCAAAUUUCUAUUCAGUCAUGCCCCGAAAUGAUCCAGCAAUACGUAAUACUUACCCACCUUGUAAGCGGUCACAUACAGUAACAGAUGCAGAUAUUGCAGCAAUUGGUCAGCUAAGUUUUCUACAAGAUCUUACACUAGCACAGAUGCCAGGAAUACUUACAGGCUCUGGUCUGGUGAACAUAGGCAUACGCUGCCAACAACUGCGUACACUAUCACUGGCAAAUAUUGGCAUGAUGGCCAAAGUGAUGUUCAUGACCAGUCUGUGUGAGAUGUUGACACACUGCAGAUAUUUGACAGAUCUGAGACUGGAGCAGCCAUAUUUUCCAGCUAAUGAGAUGUUCUUCCUCGCUCUUAGUCACUGUUCAUCCCUCCUGCGUCUGUGCAUUAUUUCUCGGAAUGGAAGCUUCCAGGCUGAUGCAGUUAUGUCAUUUGUCCACAAAUGUCAAGAGCUAGUAAUGUGCCAUCUAUUCACUGGAGAGACUCUAACAGCUUGUAAGAGUCUACAGCUUGGUAUUAUACAAAGGUUCUCCUUGAAACGUCCAGCACUAAAUGUUGUAAUAUUCCCCUUACUGCAUGAGAACUUGGCAGAGGUGAUCCGAGAUGUACCCAUGAUGCAUUUGGAUGAAAUAACUUUAUUUAAAAGUAGAGUGGCAGAAGAGCCCCCAAAACUGUGGCACUAGUAUUGUAACAGAAAGGAAACAGCAUAGACAAGCAAUUCACCAAUUCUUUGUGCUGUACAAUACAGGACUAAUGAUAUAUAUGUGACCUGUAAUAAAAUGGCUACAAGUACAUGUUUUUUUUUUUUUUUUUUUUUUGGGUGGGUGGGGGAGGUGUUAUCAUUUUUUUUUCUUUUUGUUCUGUGGUUUGCUCCUAAUUGGAAUGUGCAUUUCUAAUAUCAUUGGGUUUUGGUAUGCUAUUUCGCUUAGAAAAUCACAAUGUCUGCAAUCAUUACAUAGACACCAUGAUGUCGACAUGUUCAGAAUGUCAGCAACUACAAUGUCAACAGGUACAUAAUGUUGACAUCCAAUUUUAGGCUUAAAUCCAAACUGUAAAAUUUCUAUUGCAGACAGUUCAACACUUCAUAUGCAGAUAUGUUAGCUGUGUUGACAUUUUCAAAGUCAACAUUUUAACCAUGUUGUCAUGAAAGUCUACACUGAUUGUUGACAUGAUUACAUCCCCUUUCCUUGAAUGUGCAUGGUCCUCCAAAUAAUUAAGUUUGUGUUUUAUAUAUUUUGUUUGCUCUAUAUUUGGAGUGUUAUCGAUUCAAUCUUUAUUAAAGCAAAAUCUUGCUCAA